AUGAUGGGGAUUGCAAUUGGUGGCGAUGAUGCUUUGCUGAAGGCAAAGCGCCAGAAAAAGGAGGCCGAGGCCGCAAAGAAUCAGGACUCAGCUGAUAAAGCUGACACGCCUGAGGAUGGCAUCAAAAAAGAGGAAAAAGAUGAAGUCAAGGACGAGCUGAAGGAGGAAAAGGAGGAGAAAGUGGAGGUGAAGACUGAGGUCAAGGAGGAAGAUGAGGAAGAGGACGAAGAUGCUUUGAAUGAGAUUAUGGAGGCAGACACUGGAGCAUCCUCAAGAAGGAAGCGAAAGAGACAAGAAGCCGACGAGGCAGUUGUCCCUGACAUGCCGGCAGUGGAAACCGACACCGAAUACGACGAGGUAGACGUGUCAGGUUUCCCCAAGGCCCUGCGGAUAGAAGGCUGCCUCUAUGAAAAGGCCAACGGCCUUUAUAGGAGGUUUAGCAAAUCCAGUCGCGGCAGGCCAGCAUACUGCAAGGCCUCCAAGUUUGCGGACAGAAAGAAAGUGUUCCUCUUCUGGGUGAACAAGAAGUGGUGCGUUGGCUUUGAGUUCGGAGCAAGAAAAAACGUAGCGUUUAUUUCAGAGGUUGACGAGAUCGACGAUCCGCCGUUCGAGCCGUACCCGGGCGUGUGGAAGGUUAUCGACAAACACAAAGACAAAGACCACAAGGAGUCUGCGGAGAAGGAGGAAUGCAUGGGCAUGCGGGUCAUCGACGAGGCUCUGUACGAUGAGUCGCAUGAGCUCGAGGACCUGGAGCAGCCUCUAGAGGCAAAGUACGCGGACGAAGUCCUUAAGCGGUCCCAAGAGAAGGCCCAGAAGAAGGAUGAAAAGAAGAGCCAGAGGGCUGCCGCCAAGGCCAGUGAAAAGGUCAGCGACGUCAGGACCCAGAGCGAGAGCGCGAAAGCGACACCAAAGAA